AUGGGGCUUCUGCGUCCCGGUGUUGCAGUUCAGGAAGCCAAACCAGGCAAAGGCGACUACGGAGCAGCUUAUGCUCGUCGUGACAAUGCGGGGGCAGAGUACCAUGGGUCCCAGAAGGCCAUCCAAAUACGUUAUAAAGAGUUUGCUCAAGCUUGUGGAUUUCAGCUGGUUGUGGACCACUUCAGCGCCAAGGGACUAGGUGGCGGCAACGCCAAGUACGUGUGCAAGAAACUAAACGGGCAACAAUUCUAUGACAAGUAA